AAACUCGGGCUGUGGGCCCCUAGAGCGGGGCCUUCUGGGGGCGGGACCUCACUUUGACUGGGGGCGUGGCCUUGGCUCUCGGCCGCAGCUCUGGGACCGGCAGGCGGCGGAGGCGAUGACGUCAGUGCAUGACUGGGUUUUUAUGAAUGAAAGGAAUCCUGUGCGUGAGUAAUUCCGGGAAGCUCGCCUUACAACUGCGCGCGGCUCCGGCCCCCUGCGCCGCCCGCCCCACAACAAAACUCCGAGCGGCGCUGCGCGGAGCCGGGUUCCCAGUGAACUGCGGUCCCAAUCGGAGAGGAGUGGGGUUUGAGAGCGCUCUGGGACCGCCACCGCGACAGCUGCGGGGACAGCUGCGACAAGCGCUCACGGACAGCCGGGCUUGGCGGAGAGCGGUCUCCAACCCAGAGACCUUCUGCAAAAAUGUCUGUAGAUCCCUUAUCCAGCAAAGCCCUGAAGGUUAAGCGCGAGCUGAGCGAGAACACCCCGCACCUGUCGGAUGAGGCGCUGAUGGGGUUGUCGGUGCGCGAGCUGAACCGGAACCUUCGAGGUCUGUCAGCGGAGGAGGUGACACGACUGAAGCAGCGGCGUCGCACACUCAAGAACCGCGGCUAUGCGGCCAGCUGCCGUGUGAAGCGCGUGUGCCAGAAGGAGGAGCUGCAGAAGCAGAAGUCGGAGCUGGAGCGUGAGGUGGACAAGCUGGCGCGCGAGAACGCCGCCAUGCGCCUGGAGCUCGAUGCGCUGCGCGGCAAAUGUGAGGCACUGCAGGGCUUCGCACGCUCGGUGGCCGCAGCCCGCGGACCCACCGCACUGGUGGCUCCUGCCAGCGUCAUUACCAUCGUCAAGUCGGCGCCAGGUCCCUCCCCCACUCCAGAUCCCGCCCCCUGCACUUAGUACCCGUGUCGGUCGUCACACCCCCCCCCCCCGCCCUGCGCAACGCCCCUCCGACCCAACUCCCUUCCCAAAGUGCCUGAGCGUUCCUGUUCCCGUCCCAUUUCUCUGCGGCUGCUACCCAGCCUGGUGACUUCACAUUCCUUUCCUGGACUCUUUAACUCUUACAGGCCCCAGACUGGGACCCGAUGGCCCUGGGGAGGGACUGUGCUAAGUUGUGGGGAGGGUGUUGCGGUUCUGGGUUUCCUUGGGCUGAAAAUCCAUCUCAGAUUGGAAGGAGGUGGUCUAUGUAGAGAUGGCCCAGAAAAGAGCUAGCAGGAGAGGCUUUGGAUUGUACCAGUGUGUCCUUCCAACCCUCCCAGGAUUUAGGACUAGGUGUGAUCUCGUGGGGGCUGCCCUGCUGGGAAGCAGAAUUCAAGAGACUGCCCAAGUCUGCUUGAGACCUAGGAAUGUCAGGCUUUCCCAAGCUGAAAGUCUUUGGAAUGACCAGUGAAGCUCAGUUGACAGAUGGGGAAGCUGUCAAAGAGAAACGACCCAAGGCCACACAGCACUGAGUGAUUGAGCUGCUGCCCAAAAUGAGGCCUUCUCACUGCUGCUCUAACAUUCCAACCAUGAACUGACUUCACAAGGGGAACAAAGUCGUAGGAGGGCCGCUCUGGCCUGGGACACCUUUGUCUGUGUGGUGGGGGAAGAAGCUAAAGGAAAGAGAAGGUGACACAUGGGAUGAGGUUGAGGAGCUGGCCAGCCAGAGAAGGGGCAAUGGAGAUGACCUCUGUGGUAAGUGGAGAGAGACACUAUGGUCCUGAUGCAGGAAAUGGAGAAAAGGGGUCCCUUGGAAUUAAGUCUUCUACUUUGGUCCUGAGUAUCUGUGGUAGUAUGGGGGCUGACCAUUGGUUCCCUGGGAAGUCUGGCCCUAGCACCUCCCCACUACUGUAUACAGCUGAACUCUCACACUCUUAUUUAUUGCACAGAUCUAAGUUAUUCUAACCAGCCAGAGCCCAGCUUCUCUUCCCUGGGAAAUAUGUGGGUGCUGAGCUGGACUUUAUAUUUUAUAUCUACAAGUAAAUCACAUUUAAUCUUAUAUUUAGGGAGAGCUGGGUGGGUGGCAACAACAGUAAGGUUUUUUUUUUUUUUUUUUUUGGUUUUUUUUUUUUUUAAGAAAAAAAAAAAAAAAAAAAGAAUGCCCAGCUCCCAGAGUUAUUUAUUUUCUGACUUAAAAGUGAGCCAGUUAUCUGCCUUGAGUAUUUUGCAGACUUUCUGAAUAAAGUCAAGUUCUUUUCCACAGAGAA